AUGACUGAUCUAGAGUCAAAACGACGUGAAGCACGGUCCACUUGGAAUCGAUAUGGACCAUCGCUAACCGCAGCAGUGAAUGGUGGUAGCACGGAUCCUUCUAACCGCCUACGCUCUAAAGCACCACUUCGAGCGCAGCCGCCUACGCAACUGCAACGUGAUUCAUGUUUUUUUGAUCCGACUGUACUUUGCCUUAAAUGUCCUACUGUAGAUGCUCGUCUGGAUCGACCAGCUAUGGCUUCUGUGCUCAGAGCAGAAAGCGAUCGUGUGCCGCAAGUUCUUAUUAGCCAACCAAGCACUGAACUCAGAAGAACUCGCUCGGAGAGCCAGUUAGAUACAAAAUUACUGGAUGCGAUAUCUGUAAAUUCAUCGACCUCAGGUGGAUUGGAAGACGAGAUCAUCUCUGUUUAUACGAUGAGUUCUCUUGGAAGUGAGCCAACAAAUGAAAUUGAGCUUCCCACGUUAGAAGGUCUUGAAGAUCAGAACGGCUUGCUUACACCCAGCGUGCUAACUCCACGAGAAAAAGAUGCUACGCUGACGCCAGGAAUGUCGCUUGCGGAUGUGGAACGCGAAGCUGCUGCCGCUACAGCAGCUGCAUCCGCUUCAACCGCGUUAACCGUGCACCCAGCUACUAAUGGGUCAACUGCGUUAGAGAGCGCAAGUUCGGUGGCCUCAUCCUUAUCGUUGAAAACUGAAGAUGAAAUGGAGGAAGAAGGCAGUUUGAGUCGCAGUAGACCUACGAGCACAAGAAAGCAGCGAUUACAUGCUACGUUGCAAGCCAGUAAACGCAGAGUGCUGGAUCUAAUGCAAAAACGUCGUCCUGUAACGCCAGGUUCCGGCACGGACACGGCAGAAAUGGGUGCUGAUGCUGGAGAAAUAGAUGGUUGUGCUGAAGUGGAUAGAGGAGAUUCGCCUCUACCGUCUGCUGGAAAGCGUAGCCCUAUUGAAACGCAAGUGAUAGACAAGAAAGAGAAAAGGAAGAAAAGCAAGAAUCGAUCUCCCGGCGCUGGCCAAGACAAGUCGACGCCCAGUUUGCAGGAUUCACCAACUGCUUCCCUGGGGUCUAUUCGAUCUCGUACCACCAAAUCAGUGCACUUCAGAGAGAACGUUCUUUGGGGUCAAUCGCUGCAUUAUGACUUAGAUGGAUCGUCAUCCGCUUCACCGUCUAAGUCGUCGUGCAAAUACCUCAAUGUCACUGUGCAUGCAAAAGAGGUACCCCUCGCUCCACCAGCUCCUGUGAUUGAUGCUUCGUCUCCAACGAGCUCUACUGCUCCAUUAUUGGAAACUGAGCCUCCGAAGCCUAUUCUUCUGGGAUAUACAUCGCUAUACAUCCCACAAAUAUUAGAUGACUGUCAGUUGACAUUAUCGAAUUGUCAUCGCGAAGUUUACCAGUUGAGGCCUCCAACAGAUGUCCAGUCGAUCAGUGAACCAUCCACUCAGGAAUUUUCGCGUCAUGCUGGCUAUGACCCACGACUUUUAUAUGGCGAUGUGACACUUGGUUUCCGCUAUUUCCCUGGUGGUCUUCCACAUGGCGCUGGUACUUUUCCAGGUGAAGAAAGUGAAGAGGAAAUGAGAGUCGAAGAAUCAGUUGAUGGGAAAGCUAGAAUUGUUUCGCAACUUCUCGGAUCGCCCGCUAUUCAUCAUGAUUGGAAACCGUGGACCAGUAAGAGUGGAAGUGCGAUUUGUGCCAUGUGUCGUGGAAAAAUCUGGUUAAAAAGCGCUAGUUGCUGUCAACGAUGUCUCGUCGUCUGCCAUCACAAAUGCGUUGAUCGGGCAGCCACAGGCAUAGCAUGCACAGCGCACCCUAUUAGCCAAGCAGAUACACAAUUUGCUGAGUUGGAUGUUGAUGCUAAUGUCAAUGAGGACCACACAAACGAAUGUCCUACGACAGUCAUUCCAGCAACACCGCAGACGACUCAACCGCCACUGCGAGGUGAAGACGUAGAGCUCACAUCUCGUCGUUCACGAUUGCGCAGCAAAAUGACAGAGAAGUUCACCUCAUGGAGGAAAAGCGGAAAAACCACAUCGAAGCUUGACUUAGAUCUUGCAACGAACCGUGAUUCACGUUGUUCUGAUUCUUCAGCUAGUGCUGCUGCAGAACGUGAUGAGGCGCUCAGUCCAAUGGCCAGUAUACAAGAUUGUCUUGCUGAUGUUUUACCAACGUUAGACGGCUCUCCUUUCAUUCGAAGUCUAUAUUUCCAACCAGGAAACGCAUAUAACGAGCAGACGAUCAAUCAUGCGAAGCUUCUUGGGAAAGAGAUCUUUUCAAAUCUUAAAGGAGAAGAACGAAAGUCUAAAAUAAAUGAGCAGAUAGACCGAAUCCAAUUAGCUAUUCGCGAAACAAAGGAUGGCCGUCUGGCAGCGUUGAAGAAAGAUGGGUCAACCAAAAAAGCGGGUAGCACAUUUGAAGGACUCGAUGAACGUCUACAAGCCUUAGCAGUUUUGAUGCUGCAUUAUUGUGCUGCUUUACAGGACUGCGAAUCACAUGAUCAAGAGCAGUCGUCAAGUGCCGUAACAAAUAAUAAUGGAUCGUCGUUACCGGAGACUCCAUCCGAAGGGCGAUCGUUUUCGCGUUUCGUCACAAAGUUUCGUCGAAAAAUGAGCACUCAGCAUGCUGUUCUUCGUAAACAAGUAGCCAGGAGUCUUCACAAGUUUGAUAUAGCGAAUUCCUUGUUGACGAACAUAAGCAACGGUUCGGACCAGAUAAAUGAUGCCGUUGUCGAAUUUGAAUCGAUCAAUCAAAAUGCGGAUGAGGAGGAGCUAAUAGCGACUACCACACAAGAAGAUUUGAAUCGAGCUUUCAUUGUUAUGAGCGAAGGACCAGAUAUUCGUAACGAAUGA